UAAUUUAUAAAAGAAUAAUUAUUUACAAAUCCUAUUUUAUUAACAAUGACCUCAAACUACCAACAGCUAGAAAAACUAGGCGAAGGAACAUAUGCCACAGUUCACAAAGGACGAAAUCGUGCAACAGGGGAAAUUGUUGCUUUAAAAGAGAUAUUCGUAGAUGCAGAUGAAGGUACUCCAUCGACGGCUAUUCGAGAAAUAUCACUUAUGAAAGAACUUAAACACGAAAAUAUUGUUGGUUUAUGGGAUGUUAUUCAUACAGAAAGCAAGCUUAUGUUAGUAUUUGAAUAUAUGGACAAAGACUUAAAGAAAUAUAUGGAUUCCCAAGGAAAUGGGGGCGCUUUAGACCCUAAUAUUGCCAAAGGCUUUAUGUACCAACUGCUUAAAGGAAUUGCAUUUUGUCAUGAUAAUCGUGUCCUUCAUCGAGACCUUAAGCCACAGAACCUUCUUAUUAAUAAACGAGGCCAAUUAAAGCUUGCUGAUUUUGGACUUGCAAGGGCGUUUGGAAUCCCUGUAAAUACAUUUUCAAAUGAAGUUGUAACUCUAUGGUACAGAGCACCAGAUGUUCUUCUUGGAUCUCGCACAUAUUCAACUAGCAUUGAUAUUUGGUCUGCUGGAUGUAUUAUGGCGGAAAUGUAUACAGGUAGACCUUUAUUUCCAGGAAGUAACAAUGAUGAUCAGCUACUAAAAAUAUUUCGUCUUAUGGGUACACCUAAUGAACAUACAUGGCCUGGAAUUAGCCAAUAUCCAGAAUAUCGUGCUAAUUAUCCAGCAUAUAAUGUUCAAGAUCUUAGUCAAAUUAUACCACAAUUGGAUCCUCUUGGAAUAGAUUUAUUAAAUAAAAUGCUACAGUUACAGCCUAAUAUGCGAAUUUCCGCAUCAAAUGCACUUAAACAUGCAUGGUUUACAGACGUAUCAUAUCCAUCACAUAGUACUUAAAUAUCAUAAUUUAAUAACAGUAAUUUAAUAUUAAAAGAUAA